UUUAAAGUUUGCGGGGCCACGCCGCCUGUGAUUGGUCCAGGAGGAGCUUACCUUCAUGCAAAUGAGGCACCGCGCCUGGGCGGCUGCGAGGAGGAGGCAGUCCCAGGAACAAACCCUCACCUUCUCCCAGCUGCACAAAAAAAAAACAACAAAAAAAAAACAUCUCCCAACUCCCAACUUGAGAGUAAAAGCCUGCAAUCGAGCGGACAAAGAGGCCCUGAUAGAUGCGGGUUUGUCCCUUCUUGGCACCGGCGCGACAACCCGAGGCUGCGAGGAGGACUCUGUCCCUGCUAUGAGGCGACCAUGAGCGGCGCACAAGUCAGCGGCAGCAAGUGCGCGUCGGGGCCCGUCAGCAGCUUCACCAUCCAGUCCAUCCUGGGCACGCCCGUCCAGGCGACGCGCACCGGGACCAAGGAGCUCUCCAAGGGGCAUGCGGCGGCGGUGCAGGCGGCGGCGGCGACGACCGGAGCCCCGCCGCGGAGGAGGACGCUGUCGGUGUCCUCGGAGGAAGACUGCAGCGGCGGGGAGGACUCGGCGGACUGCUUCUCCUGCUCGGAACCAGCGGCUCACCGGGAACACAACUUCUCAUGUUUAGGUGCGGCCAAGGGGCUCCUGUCCGCCGCCGAGGGUCUGGCCCGGAGGCAGGACUACAAGGAGGCGCAUGAGGACGGAGGCUGCGCGUCCCCCGAGGAGCGGCGGGCGGACGACAAGCACCUGCAGGGCGGCUCGGCCAAGAAGAAGACGCGCACCGUCUUCUCCCGCAGCCAGGUGUACCAGCUGGAGUCCACCUUCGACAUGAAGCGCUACCUGAGCAGCUCGGAGCGCGCCUGCCUGGCCUCCAGCCUGCAGCUGACCGAGACGCAGGUCAAGACCUGGUUUCAGAACCGCAGGAACAAGUGGAAGCGGCAGCUGUCCGCCGAGCUGGAGGCGGCCAACAUGGCGCACGCCUCGGCGCAGACACUGGUGGGCAUGCCGCUGCUUUUCAGGGACAGCUCCUUGCUGCGCGUCCCGGUGCCUCGCUCCAUCGCCUUCCCGACGCCCCUCUACUACCCGGCCAGCAACCUGCCGGCCCUGCCUUUGUACAACCUGUACAACAAGGUGGACUACUGACAUGGCGGACUCUUCUUCAAUAUGACGCUUCCCGAUAUGUAUUAAAUACACCAUGUGUAUUAUCAAUAAUUUUAUACUUCUUUUUUUUUUUUUUUAACCUUUCACAUCACUUUUCAAUCCUCCUAUGUUUUAACAAUUAAAGCCCCUCAUUCUUCCAUCUAAGGCAGGGGUGUCCAAAGUGCGGCCCACGGGUUAUUUUUUUUACCGGCACAUUUUAAAAAUGGAAAAAAAAAAUUAAAAACAUAAAAAAGUGCUAUAAAAGGUGAAAUGUAACAAGAAAUUGUUGCAAUGUUCGCUCUUAUAACACAGGCUGUUUCUUUCUUUAAAAAAAUAAUAAUGAAUCAAAAUCAAUCUCAUUUUGAAUUAUUGACCUAUUCAAGGCUUCGAUUACAUCACAUUAAAUAUUCAUAUUUGAGAUAUUUUUUUGGGGGAAAACGUUGCAUAUUUUGUGUUUUGCCAUAUAAAAAAAUGCA